AUGGAGGAUCCACGUGAAGGGGAGAAAGAGAAGGAGAAGAAGGAGAAAGGAGGGGAAGAAGGGAGGUACCGUGGUGUGAGAAGGAGGCCAUGGGGUAAAUUUGGAGCAGAGAUCAGAGACCCAACAAAACCUACGGGAAGACAAUGGUUGGGGACAUUUGACACAGCAGAAGCAGCAGCAAGAGCAUAUGAUCGAGCAGCCAUAGAAUUAAGGGGUGCUCUUGCAAUCCUUAAUUUCCCUGAUGAGUACCAUUCUCAUCUCCCUUUCUUGUCAUCAUCAUCGUCUUCUUCUUCUUCUUCU